CCCGCUCGGGCGCGCGUGUGCGGUGUGGGCCGCCGCAGGUGACCGGCGAGGACGGCGGUAGUGGCCGGGCGGAGGUGAGGAAACUGAGACACAGAAAUUAUGUCAGCCACAUAGCAUCUUAAUGGUAGAGCUAGAAUACAGAGUUGGACAGUUUGACUUCAGGAUCUGUAUUCUUAACUACCACACUCUACUGCUCCUUCAGUAAGGUCCAAAAGAUGAGUCGUGGAUAUUCAGAAAACAAUAAUUUCUUGAAUAAUAACCAAAUGGUAUUGGACAUGAUCCUUUAUCCAUUAAUUGGAAUCCCUCAAACCAUCAACUGGGAAACCAUGGCAAGGCUUGUGCCUGGAUUAACACCCAAAGAGUGUGCAAAAAGGUUUGAGGAACUGAAGAGCAACGGAAGCUCACCUGUUGACAACCAGUAUAAUCCCUUAAUGGCUGCUGGAGAGAGUCCUGUAGAAACCUUAGCUACUUACAUUAAAUCCUCACUUCUUGACACACAAGGUGACUUUCAAGAGACUCCAGUUGGUCAAGAUGUAGUUUCCAAAACAGAAAGACAUAGUAUAGCUUCUACAAGGAAUUGUUCUUCAGAAAGUGAAAAUUGUGCUACUCGUAAUGGUGGAGAAAAGACUGAAGACUCUGAAGGGCCAAACAUGGUGAUCCAUGUAUGUGAUGAAGCAAAAAACUUGAAAGAAGAUUUUAUUUGCCCACGAGAUCUUUUGAUAUCAGAAAUGAAGUACUUUGCUGAAUAUUUAUCUAUGGAUGCGCAGCGCUGGGAAGAGGUGGACAUUUCAGUUCAUUGUGACGUUCACAUUUUCAACUGGUUGAUAAAAUAUGUUAAAAGGAACAUUAAGGAGGAUAAAGAUUGUGAGAUACCCACUUUAGAGCCAGGAAAUGUCAUUUCAAUUCUUAUUUCUUCAGAGUUCUUGAAGAUGGAUUCAUUGGUUGAACAGUGUAUUCAGUAUUGCCACAAAAAUAUGAAUGCCAUAGUAGCUACCCCAUGCAACAUGAACUGCAUUAAUGCAAAUCUUCUGACACGUAUAGCUGACCUGUUCACACACAAUGAAGUUGAUGAUUUAAGAGACAAAAAAGAUAAGUUUAGGAGUAAACUUUUUUGUAAGAAGAUUGAAAGAUUGUUUGAUCCUGAGUACUUCAAUCCAGAUUCUCAGAAUAAUGCAGCAACAUUGUAUAGAUGCUGUUUGUGUAAGAAACUUUUAACAAAAGAAACGGAAAGAAGAAUUCCUUGCAUUCCUGGAAAGAUCAAUGUAGAUCGACAUGGAAAUAUUAUCUAUGUUCACAUAAGAGAUAAAACCUGGGAUGUGCAUGAGUAUUUGAAUAGUCUUUUUGAAGAACUAAAAUCUUGGAGAGAUGUAUAUUGGCGCUUGUGGGGAACGAUCAACUGGUUGACUUGUUCAAGAUGUUUUCAGGCUUUUCUCUGUAUAGAAUUCUCACAUUGUCAGUACCACUCAGAAACAGUAGUUUAUCCUACCACAUUAAGUUCAGUGAGCACCGUGGGCACUGGAAUUUAUCCCUGCUGUAACCAGAAGGUUCUGAGAUUUGAUCCCACUCAACUCACAAAAGGCUGUAAAGUGAUAGACCACAUGGUUAUUCUUCAUGAUCAAGGUGAAGGUGAGGAUUUGCUGUCUGGUCCAACUACUAGAAUACUGACUGAUCUGCAUAGGCACAAAGAUGUUAUUGUUGUGCCUUUUUCUAAAGAUACAGUUAGUGAUCCUGGGGCUGGCUCAUGUGAUGAAAAGGGCCUGGAAUGUGAUGUUUUAUUGGAACCAAAUACACCAUGGGGCCCCAAAACUGGGGAGCUCAAUGCUUUCUUGUCCCUGAAAAACUGGACUCUUCAGCUGAAACAGCAGUCAUUAUUUUCAGAAGAAGAAGAAUAUACCACUGGAUCUGAGGUCACUGAAGAUGAAGUUGGUGAUGAAGAGGAAGUGUCCAGGAAACAAAGGAAAAGAGAGAAACCAAAGAAGUUCUCUAAGCAACCCAAAAAGCAGUUGUCUUCGCCCUGUGCUCAAAAGAAAGAGAAGGCAUUGGAGAAGUCAACUUCUAGAGAUGUGUCUCCUUUUGUUGUGAGUGUGCAGAAGAAUAAGUGGGAUGCCACAAGGUCCUUGAGGUUCAACCAGGAUGCACAGAGAGAAGAUGAUCAGCGGCGGAUGUCUGAAAUUACAGGACAUUUAAUAAAAAUGAGAUUGGGUGAUCUGGACCGAGUCAAGUCAAAGGAAGCAAAAGAAUUUGCAGGAGGCAUUUAUUCCAGGCUUGAAGCACAGAUCAAAGCCUCAGUGCCGAUCAGCACCCGGCAAAACAGCUCAGACAAAAACCCAAGGUCUAAAAGUCGCUUUGGUCAAGGGCGUCCUGCAUAAAGCACCUUAAAAUAUAAAAAGUAAGACGGCACCCCUGUGGACAUCUGAGCUUGUUCAUUUCCUGAAGAUCUUCAGAACAAUAACUUGUAGGUGUUUCAGUAGUUAUUUCUGAAAGCCACAAAAAUCACAAUGCUAAAGGGAAUAUGCAGUUAGGUUUUAUGAAAAUCUCAUUGUAAAUAUGAAAUUUCUUACUUAAAUUUCUUUUUGUAUAAUUCAAGGCUAUAUAGAAAAGUUACAAAUUUUACAUAGUUAAGAUUCAUAAUAUUUGUUUUCUUUUAUUUCUUUGACAGAGAAGAGACUUAAAUUGUCAAGUGACUUUUUGUAAGGCCUUAAGAAAUUAUGGGUACGCAGCUUGGUAGCUCCAUUGCGCACGUACACUGCUUGCCAUGUGUUUGGGAACUGUACGUCUUAGGCAUAGCAUUGAGAACUGCAGUUUGUAUGAUGAAAUUUCCAGUGAUGCUAAUUGUGAGUUUGCAUGAAUAUUAAGGAGUGACAGAUCUCAUGGCUGCAUUAAAUACAGAAUCUUAAGAUGAGGCCCUUUCAGUACCGUUUUGGGCAGAAAGGUUAAUUUUUUUCAGUGUUAUGACAUGGCGAAUACAAUGUCAAUCCAACCUUUGUUUCUUUGUGUUUGUUAUCCAAGCUGGAAUUACUGAUCAUUACCUCUUUCCUCUGUACAGCUAGUGCCUCUCUGAAUGUGUUAAAACAGCCUUGGACAGUUUUAAGAUAAUGAAUCAUUCCAAUUGUGUGAGAUGCUCACCGUGAAAGUCUCAGACCCCUGUCCAUUCUCUAUAACCAUUCCAACAACCCUUAAAAGCUGUGAUUGCUAGCCACUUUAGAGAUGUCUAAAAAAAUCCCAAAUGCACUAGAUGGGUGGAAAUUUCAUAUAUUCAAGGAAAAUAAAAAUAAAACUCUUAUAAUUUUAAAUUUUUUCUAACCAGGCAGAUGGCGUAGUCAGGGAUGAAUUAUGUUUGGAGAUUACUUACAUGUUGAUCUCUAAAAACCACAAGACACUGUGUUCCUGUUUCUUAGUUUUCAUUUCCCUUGUAAUUGAUAUGUCUUCUGAUCAUUCAGAGAACAAACUUUAGUAAUAUUUGACAAAACAGCAGUUUCUUUGAAAUAUUCAAGUGUUGUAUUCAGUUUAUACAAAGAGAAGUAAUGGUUUUUAGUGUGUGCUUUAGUUGCUGUGUGAAGCUAGAUGUUAUUUUCUAAUUAUAUGUUUUUAAAUGUAUGUGGAAAAUUUGUUCUGGUAUAUGUGUUUUUCAAUUUUCUGACACUUUGGAAAUAGAUUAUAUCAUAUUUAUUUUCAAAAAAAAUGUUUAUGGUAUAGAUGUAAGUCCUGUUAAAUAUCACUCUAAUAGCUGGUUGCUAUAUUCUCUGAUAAAAGAAUUUGGUUUAUAUAUGUAAACAUAGCUGUAUUAAUUGCAGCUGAUAGUGAAAGUGCACAUUGCCUCUCCCCCAAGGAGACUGUACUACUGAAUUAAUUCUGACAAACCAGACUGUACUGGAAUCUGGCUGUCUUUGCAAUGUACUCUUUGUUAGUGUCUUAUCUGUGAUAUUUGAACAGGAUUAGAAUUUUACUCAAACUUUUAAUAGCAUUUCUUUUGCCAAAUACUUUAAAGUUUUAACGUGCAUUAAUUCUGAUUAGAUCAGGCACAUUUAGGUUGGUAUGACAGUAGACCUUCCCAAAAUUCUGAAUUCAUAAUCUUUAAUUGAAAUAAAUGUUAAUGACACAAAAAAUGUAGGGAAAGUCCUUUGGUUUGAAUAAGUCCAUUGUUUCUGAAGUCUUCAUUUUUCUAGAUUCUGCAGAUUUUCCUGGGAAAUUAGCUCUGUUACAAAAUGAAAUUCUUUUUUUUUUUUUUGAGGUGACCGCAUACAUUUUUAAAAAA